CAAACAGGAAAAGGACCAACAGGGAAAGUUUGAAAGAUGGCGGCGCACGAACAGAAGAACAACAAGCCGAAGAAAAGCGGGGGUAAAGAGGCUCAGCCUCUGAUAAUCGCCAAAACUCCGGCGGAGGAGCAGCGUCUGAGGCUGGAGAGGUUGAUGCGGAACCCGGACAAGCUGGCUCCCAUCCCGGACCGGCCUAAAGAGUGGAACCCGCGGGCCCCGCCGGAGUUCGUCCGGGACGUGAUGGGCUCCAGCGCCGGGGCGGGCAGCGGAGAGUUUCACGUUUAUCGACACCUCCGCCGCAGAGAAUACCAGAGGCAGGACUUCCUAGACAAGAUGUCAGAGAAGGUGAACGAGGACGUGGACUACCUGGAUAAGGUGGAGCUGAACAAACAGGCAGCCGAGGAGAGGACAGCAAAGCGCAGGAAGAAGAGGGACAAGCUGAAGCAGAAGAAGUUGAUGGCAAAGAAAGCCAAGCUGGAGGCCAAAAACAAGAAAGAUGACGACGGCAACAAAAGCUCGGAGAGCAGCGAAGAAGAGGAAGAUGAUGACGAUGAGGAGAAAGAGGCUGAAGAUGAUGCCGAGGCUCCUAGCUUCAUCAUGGGGAGGAAAUGACACCCUCUGUCCUCUGCAGGGUGAUGGACACCCUCUGUCCUCUGCAGGGUGAUGGACACCCUCUGUCCUCUGCAGGGUGAUGGACACCCACUGCCAAGACAGGACACUGCAAUUAAUGCUCCUCGUUGCAUUGAGGGUGGAUUAUUAUAAGACCAUACUGCAACCUGAACAACCAGAGGAGGCCAACAUAUUAGGAACCAGUUGCAGAGCCCAGUACCAGCCUUCUGUAGAAGAACUGAAACAGAAGUGCCUAGUUGAAUAGGCAGAGAAACUAGCUUCACUGGACAAUUUUCAGCAUACAAGAGUAGUCAGACUCCGGCUUGUAAAAGAGACAAACAUGUUGAGACACCUAUUUUUCUUACAGAUUGUCUGAUUGAUGUUUGUGGUUUCCAGGUCUGCUGUUGUCUUCGAGUGCUGUUUGAGUGUGUCGAUGUUUUCAGAUUUUUUUCACAUGCCUCACUAUGAUUUCAAGUUGUGAUAUUGUUUGGGAAUCCUCUUCGUUUUACUGCAAUAUUCUCUAUGUUUUGAAUGAAAACAUAAUAAAAAAAUGUUUUGAUUAAACCAUGUACACUUGGGGUGUUUUGAAGUUAAUUCACAUAUAUGACAUGAGUAAAUCAUGAUGUUAGUUUUCCAAUGUAACGUGUUGAAGAGUGCGUGUAAGUAUGACUGAAUGAUGUUGUCAGCUUUGCAGCCUUGUGAAGUUGCUCCUUGCAACCAUUAUUGCUCGUGAGCUCAACAAGGAUGCAGAAAGUAUCUCAAAGAAUGAAAAGGCGUGACUUCUAGAGGUUUCAGGAGUUUCACGUGCGAUGUUCCUUGGACACAGUCCUGCUUUCCACGGAGGUGAUGGGCUCUUCCUGUGUCCUUCACCUUUCUUGAGGCAGGUAGAGAAAAGUACUCGACAGCGAGAUAUUGUUUGUCACAGGAGAGAUUUCCUGUCAGACACUUUCAGCUGUCACAAUGUCUUCACAUUUUCUUGACAUUCAUAAAUAAAGUGCGUUUUUCAGAAACUUCAA